UCCAAAUUCUAGACAUCAUACUUUACAUUAUAUUUGGAAAUACUUAUACGUUUCAGACGUUAAAAAGUCAUUAAACGUGUCAUAUACCUUGUUGUUUAGCAUUCAAAUAGAUAUAUUCAUUUAAUUUUUAACUGUUAGAGGGUAUAAAAUUGAACACGUCACAAGUAGGGGUUUUCCCGUCGCGACGUAAACAAACACACGUGGGUUCCAGCUGUAAUGCUUCCGCAUAGCGAUGGCAGUUUCUCUUUAUAAGUAGUUUUCCCCAUAUAUAGAAUACAUGAAACUUGUGCUGAUUUUUAUUGCGACAGAUUUAUUUGUACAAUGAUGAUGAAAAGGGUUCACGGCUUGAUGAUGAGAUCAUUACGUUUCGGUCAUGUGAGAUUGUGGAAGAUGUUUUGCAACAAUUCCAUACCAGACGAGGACUUUGCUGCUGCCCAAUCGAUAUGGAACUAUAUGAAACUAAAUCACACGCCCAGAAAGAGUGACGUCAUUCUGGUCCUGGGUAACCAUGACACCAGGACAGCCGACUACGCAUCUAAGUUGUUCCUGGACGGAAAAGCAGACUGGCUCAUGUUUUCAGGCAAAGUCGGAGUCCUCACACAAGGGAAAUGGAGGAAGACAGAAGCGGAAAUAUUUAAAGAUAAGGCGUUGACAAAAGGCGUACCCCAAGACCGCAUACUAACGGAAUUAAAGGCCACGAAUACAGGAGAAAAUAUCAUAUUCUCAUACAACGUGUUGGAGGCAAAUGGCCUGUUAGAUACACUCGGGAGUAUAAUUCUAGUCCAAAUGCCACAUAUGGAGAGACGAGUAUAUGCUACGUUUAUGAAACAAUGGCCAGGAGACCCCACGAAACUUGACGUCUCGGUGACGUCACCGCCAAUACCAUUACAGAAAUAUCCGAAUCCUGACGUUGGGUCGCUUAGAAACGUGGUAACUGUUAUGAUGGGAUGUCUUUACAGAUUAAGGGUUUACCCAGAGAUAGGAUUUCAAAUUUACCAGCAAAUACCAGAUGAUGUAUGGAACCAUUACAUUUGUCUUCUCCGUUCAGGUAAAUACAGCGGUCACAUACCCCGAUGACGUGACUGAGGCACAGGGGCAAUCGGGAACCGUCGGCACUUUCCGUAAACGAGAAUUUCUCGUUUACGGAAAGUGCCGACGGUUCCCGAUUGGCACGGGGGCAUACGACUGCAUGUAACAUAUAUACCCCGGCGGAGUGCGUUGUGUCGUAUUGUGCUAGCAUGAGAAAAAACGUCAGGUGUCACUAGUCGCAAUAUGCUGACACAAGCUUCAGUGACACGAGGAAAUACUUCGUCACCAACUACUACACUAGCAACCUGGGAUUUCUUCUGAAUACAACCCAGAGAUGAGGGCGCCAGGUAUUGGAUUUAUAGGAACAUAAGGCCGAACAACAGGAAAACGAAAGUGUUUUUUGAUGCAAAUUAAGUUCACCUGUAGUGAAAAGGAGACGGAAAAUGAUCGGGUAGAAAACACCGAAUUACCAGAUACUAUGGACAUGGGCACUGGGGAUGACAAGGAAAUUAACGUUGGCUAAGGUAAAUGUCGAAAGAGAGUUAUAUCAUGUGUGAUAUAGUCAUCCAUUUGUUUGCGCAGAAUUAUUUCACAUACAAUAGCAAUACACAUAUAUGUGUCUUGGUUCAGUAGCCCUUUUCCCAUGCCAACCACAGUUAUAUUUAAAAUGUAACUUCUAUUUGAUGAAAACAUAUGGUCAUUCAAUCAAACUUUAUGAAAUAUGUUUUCUUGCUUCGCCAUUCCAACUUUGUCACAUAAUUUGUGAAAUUAACAAUUUUUGAUGUAAUUUUGACGUUUUUUUUAUGUUUUACGUCCGCUAUGGGAGGUAAUCAGUAGGGUGAUUUCAUUGAUAUAUACAUGUACAUAAUAAUAAUUACUACGUUAAUUUAGUAUCUGUCUGUUAAUGAAUGUUAUAUAAACAAUUACAUUUUAGGCAAAAAAACUUGCUUCUCCCCUACAUAUUUUGUGUGUGUGAAAUAUUACCAUGGGAGGCAACUCUUGUGCACAAUUACAUUCAACAUUUUCAUUUGUUUUACUUUUAAAAUCAUUGUUUACGUGGCAAUUAUUCUAUAAUGUGUUAUCAGUAGCGAAAUGUAUAACAUAUGCUACACACUCGUAGUUUGUCUACUCCCUGAAAUUUAUUAAAAUAUAAUCAAAUACAGUAUAUUCCUGUC